AUGGUUAUAUGUGAUUUGACACGGAUUCUACAACUGGAUGAUGUAGCAGACAGGAUUUCAAAGUUAAACCAGAAAGUGUUGACUUGUAAAUUGCAUGUCACGGCUGGUCCGGACUCUGCUACAGGUUUUACGCACUACAACCAGACUGGCUUUUUAAAAGAGGAUGAUUCUCUUCUCUCCGAGCAUUUUAUGAGCCUGUUGUUAGUAUCCGAAAGAGGAGAGGAUAUUUGGCGGAACCCGAAUCCCCAGUCAGAUUCGUUCUGCAGAAUACGCUCUAUGAAUUGGACUAAAGAGACCAACUCGCUUACCAAGUCCAUGUUUGAGCAGUUUUUUGCAGAGGUUGAUUCCUUGAAUCUGGAUCCGGUGGAAGUAAUUUCCGGUGAUGUACGUGUGUGCGUUUAUAUUUCGGCAAUGUAUACAAUGAUAGAUGGGAAAGCGGCCAAUGCAAUUGUAGGGAAUCAGGAUACACAUGUAUGUCCGCUUUGUGUUCCGAAUGCUGAUCCCCAUAUUGGUCCAUCGUUUUUUCAUUCACGUCUCAACGCCGUUGAAUGGUUGAUCAAAAAUGCAGCGAAAAAAUCCGUUCCUGACCACCCGGCAUACACGAAUCCCCUAGUUAAAAAGAAAGCCCGUGAAAUAGCUGAUGAACUAGAACGUGAGUAUGGCAUGAACAUCAACCGUCCUAAGAUUGGUGGGUCCGGAAGCUGCAAUAACGGCAAUAUGGCCCACCGUUUAUUGGCAGAACCCGGAAAAUUUGCAAAAAUCAUCGGCGUACACAAGGACCUGGUGGAAAAUCUGCGGCUCAUCAGUUGCCUGGCGCUUUCUUCUAGAGUAUUGGAUCCUACCAAAAGCAGACAAUCGAGAAGUACUGAUGCCAGGUUCGAAGAGAGGCUGGACGAAUACACCUUGAAACAAGAUGACAGCGAUGAAAACCAUGGAAAAGCGGAUGACUCCGGUGAACUCAUCGAAGAGAGUGACGAAGAAGAUGAUGACCCCGGUGAACUUAACGAGGAGAGCGAUGAAGAAGACAUUUGA